GGGAGCAGUACCCCAGCCACCCCCCUUCUCUUCCUCAUAAGAAGAAACUGCUAUUCUUCAUUUUUUUUUUUUUCCUUUUCUUCUCCUUCUUCUCUCGAGCAAAGGAGAGUUAUCAUACCGUAGUUUCAAUCUUUAUCAUAAAAUUUCUGUUGUCGAAUCGAAAAUUUUUUACGAAUCGUCAGCAGAGGAGAACGAAUCUUGAGGUGAAAGAUGGCGAAGCAGAACGUAAUGGUGACGGAGGAGAUGGCCAUCACGGCGGCGGCGGGGAAGGUGCCGAACGCGACGUCCACCCACUUUUCGUUCCCGCCGCCGCGUGGGAACAGUGGGAGUGUUAAUUUUGCCAAUUAUAAGAAAAUUCUAACCCAGCUUGACCUCAACGGUAGCGGUGGAAGGAUCAAUGCAUGGGUCGACUCGAUGAAGGCGUCGUCUCCGACCCAUAUCAAAUCGAGUUCUCUGCUCGUGUCUCCGAUUGCGGCCUCCCAUGAUGACGAGGAGUAUGAGAAUUCGAUGAAACAACAACCGUCGGCGUUAAAAAUGUUCGACGAGAUAACGGCGGCAUCGAAGGGCAAGCAGAUCGUGAUGUUCCUCGACUACGACGGAACCUUGUCUCCGAUCGUCGAUGACCCUGACCGUGCCUUCAUGUCUGAAAACAUGAGAUCAGCUGUUAGGGAAGUGGCAAGGCGUUUCCCAACUGCUAUUGUGAGCGGGAGGUGCAGAGAUAAGGUGUACAACUUCGUACAAUUAGCAGAGUUGUACUACGCCGGGAGCCAUGGCAUGGACAUCGAAGGACCUGCCAAACAGCCCAAGUACACAAAAGCUAAGGCCAAAGCAGUUCUCUUUCAACCCGCUAGUGAGUUCCUACCCAUGAUAGAUGCGGUUUAUAAAGCAUUGGUCACGAAAACUGAAUCCACACCUGGGGCUAGGGUGGAGAACAACAAGUUCUGUGCAUCAGUUCACUACCGGUGUGUCGACGAGAAGAAAUGGGGUGCACUAGCCGAGCAAGUCAGAUCAGUGCUCAAGGACUACCCUAAACUCCGGCUCACCCAAGGAAGAAAGGUGUUGGAGAUUCGUCCUACUAUUAAAUGGGACAAGGGGAAGGCCCUUGAGUUUCUACUAGACUCUCUUGGAUUUGCCGACUGUAACGACGUGCUGCCAAUAUAUAUUGGAGAUGAUCGAACCGAUGAAGAUGCUUUCAAGGUAUUGCGUGAUAGAGGACAGGGUAUAGGCAUUCUUGUCUCCAAAUUUCCAAAGGAAACCAGUGCCUCCUAUUCUCUCAGUGAGCCUGCCGAGGUCAUGGACUUUUUACAUCACCUGGCGGACUGGAAGUGUCGACUCUCCCUAAAGGAACGUGCGAGAUCAGUGUAACUAAGAAUGUAAUCCAUCAUUCCCAUGAAACUUCUCGGCUGGAUUGGGAGCUGUGUUCUUUCUGGAGGAGUCGUAUAAAUUAUGAUGUGUCUCUUUUCUUCUUGUAACCAUUUUAUCUUUUUCCUACUUUUUCAAACUUGGCCGGCUUGGAAGCAUAUCGAAUUGUCUUUCUUGCCCAGUCUUGUAAACAAUUUUAUGUACAAUGAAAGCAUAUCAAAUUGUCUUUUUCCAUA